AUGGUGCCAUAUAAUAGAGUGGGGCCACGGAUUCUGCAUGUUUUGUUUCGUACUACCAUCAGGAAAUCCAAAAAUAAUCCAGUUUUUACCAGAUUUGUAUCAACAAACGAAGAAAAUGAACGUCUCAAAUACGACCAAGCAAGAAAUGACAUCAUUUUAUCCACGAUUAAAAGCAGACCUGAUCUCUUGGUGAAUGCUGGGCUACAGAGAAAACUGUCCAUGUCGUGGAAAUCAAUUUUGUUAGGAAUGGUUUUGACAUCUACAGCCACAAUGGGACUUUUUGUGUCCCUCCAACUUUUGUAUCCACGAUCUGAUCCAGAAGCUCCCAGAAGAGCUUUUGUUCCUUUAUGGGUUAGUACGGGCUGGUUGGGCAAGAGUUGCCUAAGAUUUCCUCGCGAUAUCAUUCUUUUGGACGAAAACUGUUAUCAUUGCUUGUUGGAUGGAAAGGAACUAGCAGAAUAUCUCGAUCAUUUGGAAAAGGAGAACAUAAAAUACAAGGUAUUGGAGCUUGUAUCGCUGAGCCAGGAAGUACGCAAGACGCUCAAACUCCCCGUAUCCAUUUCCGUGCCUGAAAAUUCGGAUUUCAAGAUAUGGAUGGAAAGCACCAUGCCUAUAGUUGCGGGUCUUCAGUUCAGUUUUCCGCCCAAUGAAUUGUCCCCGAGAGUGGAAUGGCAAUUGAAGCAGAUAGACUACCGUUCUGUGGUUGAUAGUGCAUUGGUGGCUGCGGGACUCAAGCUCGACCGAUUGGGCUCAGACGCUGAAAAAAAGACCCACGAGAAAAGCAGUGGAAAAGUCCACGAAUCGGUACCUGAGCGUGAUCGCUAUGUUCACUCUCCGAAAAAUUACACCAUUGUUAUGUCGGGAAUUCUCGAUUUGGAGGACAAAUGUCAUCGUAGAGGAACGGUCAAUUACUUGGCCGUUUUGGAUUUCGACCACUUAAAAAUCAACGGUGGAAUCAAAAUCACGUCCAUGCACCUUGUGGCCGAUAACAAGCACUACAAGGUCAAAUAA